GUUCAGGACAACUUUUACUUUCCAAAGCAUAAAGAAGAGUUUGCUGGGUUUUCAAAAUCUUCCAUCCUGAAAACAUGCAACAGUUUCAAGAAAAACUAGAUAUCAGAUGCUGUCUGGUUGACCAUACCGAUAUUUCAGCUGGCACAAGUUGUGCAAGUUACAAACAGGCAGAGGCGGGUGUGAUUUAUCAUGACCAAGAAGGAACAGGUCCUCUCAACAGUAGGGUCUGCGGAGAAUCGACAGCACAAAGCCUUCUUCAAGCUGAAUUGGUCGGUCUCAGCAGUCCAACAGGUCGAGGAAAAGCCUUGUCACUCGAAUGCAAUCCAUGCGCUCUUGUGGAGCUACGGGUACCAGGUACCUCCAGUUACCUCGACAGGGUACCAUGCGACCUGGCUCCGGUUCAGAAACGACGUCGCGCGGCUGCCAAUGCCCGAGAAAGGAGGCGUAUGCUCGGUUUAAAUCUAGCUUUCGAUCGUCUCAGGAGUGUCAUUCCGACUCUGGAGAGUGACAAGAAGCUGUCAAAGUCGGAGACUCUUCAAAUGGCUCAAAUAUACAUCUCCGCGCUUUGCGAUUUGCUUAAAGGCAGAGGGGCCGCAGACAGUGCUGUGCAAAAGGAGCGGUCUCAGCGUCCCGGCGGCUGGAACUCUGACUAUCUCCCUGGGUCUUGCGAGAUAAAGGACAGGUCACCAUCUAGUCACGAUUCAGAGGACAGGUCACCAUCUAGUCACGAUUCAGGACAUAGAACAACGAAAAAAGGGCAAUCCCGGGAUUCUCCAGCGUGCGGUUCACAGGGUUCUCGGGACUCCUCGGAUCGGUCAGACAGCGACUGUGAUGAAUCACUCUUGCAAACUGAAAUAACGGGUUAUAUUGAUCUCUGGGAACGACAGAAUGGGACUAAAUGAACUUAAAUCGAGGUCAAUUUAAUAAGAAACAUUACAAUAAUUGUGAAUUUGACUGGACUGGUCAAUAUAGUCAUGUAGGGGGUGCACCUACUUUACGCGCUGACAACGUAAGGGCUCAUGUCAUGUGUGAUUUAAAAAUAUAAUUAUGUAAUAAUGGUAUACAUGCCGUAAUGCAAUGGAUACUGCAUUAUGCAUUUAAAAUGUAAUGUAUUGGAUGGCCACCAAUUUGGUAAAACUGUAACCAUCCUUAAUAUCUGCAAUAUGCCUGUGGUAAAUUAUGUGGUAAAGUUAUGUACAUUUAAUUGAUUCUGAUUUUUCUAUAAUUGCUGUACUAUGUGUGUUCUCUAUUUUGCCGUAAACAAAAUGUUAAUAAA